ACACCCCCACCCCGCUCUCCCUAUCCCGCAGAGAAGCACCUGGUCCUGCUGCGGGACGGCCGGACGCUCAUCGGGUACCUGCGCAGCAUCGACCAGUUCGCAAACCUGGUGUUGCACCAGACUGUGGAGCGCAUCCAUGUGGGCAAGAAGUACGGGGACAUCCCUCGAGGCAUCUUCGUCGUGAGAGGCGAGAACGUUGUUCUGCUGGGGGAAAUAGACCUGGAGAAGGAGAGUGACACGCCGCUGCAGCAGGUCUCCAUCGAGGAGAUCCUGGAGGAGCAGCGGGUGGAGCAGCAGGCCAGGCAGGAGUCAGAGAAGCUGAAGGUGCAGGCGCUGAAGGAGCGGGGCCUCUCUGUGCCGCGGGCGGACACCCUGGACGAGUACUGAGUGCCCCCCUCGGACCCUGCCCCCUCCACCCGCGGCGAGGGCUGCUCCGCCGUCUGCUCGUGCCCGGGCAGGUCUCUUUGGAAAGGAGGGUUUUUUAUUUUCAGAUUGUGUUUUCUGUGGCACAGAUCACAAAAAAGAAAAAAUCAUGCCUUUAGCUUCUCCUUGCGGAGAAGGAGGAGAGGAGGCAUUCGCCUGCCCUCGGGGGUGGCCGAGCGUGAGCGUUUGUGUUCAGGAGACAAAUCGCUGGGUCCUUCAGGUUUGUUUGCUUUUUCCUCCUCACGGGACUCUGGGUGAGAGUUUUUCCUUGACGUGUAAAUAAAUCCUUGAUCUCAA